ACCUCUCAGGGAGCGUCAAGGAAGUAGGAUUAUAGAUGCAUGGACCGGGAGGGGGCAAGGUCAGUGGUGACUGACCAAUCACCGUCCAGAGGCUUCACCUUUACCUGCAGCCUUCAGCAGCCUACCCUCAGCUCAGACCAUAAACAGUCUGCUGUUUGCGUCUGGUGACAGGAGUGGUUGUGCUGGGGGCUUUUGGACCGAAUUAGAGGGAGACCCAUGGCUCAUCAGAGGACUCUCAGAGUAGAUUAUGAUAAAAAUACACAGGUUUUGUACGUGGUUCGUUCAAAACUCACUGUAAACCUAAACAGGAGUGCCCCCCCCAGCUCCACGUUCUUCUCGGUGAACUGCACCCCCAAUGUUCAGUACAGCUUAAGCCCCCCGCCUCAGGAGACAUCCCACCUCUCUCCUCUCCCUCUCAAUCCCAACUCUGCUCUGCUCAUCAGCAUGAGCAGAGCCAGUCAGUCUGAAAAUGAUAGCAAGCUGUCUGUUCAAUACUACGGAACAAACAAAGAGGUCAUAGGCAAAGCAGUUCUGUACCUGACAGCUAUAGAGAUCUCUUUGGAUGUGGAUGCUGACAGAGAUGGCACUGUGGAGAAGAGCAACCCUGACAAGGGAUCCUGGAAGUGGGGUCCUAAUGGACACGGAGCGAUCCUCUUGGUUAACUGUGACUCUGAGACCACUUACCUGAAGAAACCUGACAGUGAGUCGGAUCACAUCUCCAAAGUGUCAGAUCUGAAGGACAUGUCCCUGAUGGUUCUGCGGACCAGAGGUCCCGCUAAACUCCCAGAAGGCUACAAACUCACCAUGCACAUCUCUCAGGGAGAUGCAGAGUCCGUUCGAGUUUUCCGGUCUAAAUCUUCCAAAGUGGAAAAGAAUAUGCUGCAGAAUCUGUUCAGUUCCUUCACAAAGGACUAUCCUCUGGUGCUGAGCCGUGAGGUCCUCUCACAGGAAGUGCCGUACCUUGGAGGUGAAGGCGAGCUGAACUUUUAUGUGGAGGGCCUCAGGUUUCCCGACAAGGACUUUGAUGGACUGGUCACCAUCAACCUCAGUCUGUUGGAGCCCAUCUGCGAUGGUAUUCCUGAGACGCCCAUAUUCACAGACAAAGUGGUGUUCCGCGUGGCUCCGUGGAUCAUGACACCCAACACCCUCCCGCCUGUAGAGGUGUUUGUCUGCAGUACACGCGAUAACUACCAGUUCCUGAAAGGAAUGAACAACUUUGUUUCAAAAUGUGGGCAAAAGCUGAAGAUCUGCUAUGAGUACAUGAACAGAGGAGACCGCUGGAUGCAGGAUGAACUGGAGUUUGGUUACAUUGAUUCUCCUCAUCAGUGUUUCCCGGUGGUUCUGGAUUCCCCCAGGGAUGGAGGGCUUCAAGGCUUUUCAUACGAGGAGCUGCUGGGCCCGGACUUCGGAUACGUGACCCGAGUGGCUCGGAACAAUGACGUGAGCAGUCUGGACUCGUUUGGCAAUCUGGAGGUCAGCCCUCCAGUCACCGUUAACGGGAAAGAAUACCCGCUGGGAAGAAUUAUUAUUGGGGUUGCCUUUCCAACGGCAACUAAAGGACGAAACAUGACCCAAGUAGUUCAGGACUUUUUGUGGGCUCAGAAGGUUCAGAAGCCCAUUGCCUUAUUUUCUGACUGGCUCAUUGUCGGCCACGUGGAUGAAUUCAUGACUUUCGUUCCUGCACCUGACAGAAAGGGUUUCCGUCUGCUGCUGGCCAGCCCAGAUGCAGCUUAUAAGCUAUUAAAACGCUUGUGGAGUGAUGGACACGCACAAGUCAAAAUGUUCGAGGGACUUGAAAAUCAAAUGCCAAGGACAGUGGAUGACAUACUUAGUGAUGAAAAUCUCCGAGCUGAAAAUAACUACGUGCAGAGCUGCAUUGAUUGGAACAGGGAUGUCCUGAAAAGAGAGCUGGGCCUGGAUGAUGAUGACAUAAUUGACCUCCCAAUCCUAUUCAAGUUGGAGAAGGACUUCAGAGCAGCAGCCUACUACCCUGAUAUGGUCAACAUGAUCGUCUUGGGGAAGAACCUUGGCAUCCCGAAGCCUUUUGGUCCCAGGGUGAACGGACGCUGCGCCCUGGAGGCUGAGAUGUGCUCCCUGAUGGAGGCCCUGGGUCUCCAGUGCACAUUCAUCGAUGACUUUGCCUCCUACCACAAACUGCUGGGAGAGGUGCACUGUGGCUCCAACGUUCGACGUAAACCAUUUGACUUCAAGUGGUGGAACGUGGAGCUCUGAUUAAACAUUGAUAAAAAAAGAAAGGCCUAAGUAAUCAAAUGUUUCUAAAACAUUGUCAAAAGCAAAAGUAUAAUUCAUAACAAUUCUAAAGGGAUUCAGCACAGAUCUGAAAUCUGUUUGUCAGUCCUUACAACUUCUGUGUCUGAAAAUCCUCACACUGCUUUGCAUUUAGUUAGUUUAAGCACGUUUAUUUCUUUUUAAACAUCCGUAUUGCUCAGUGACUGUUUUGGUAAUUUAAUCUCAGGGCUUUUAUGAUCUUAUUAAUAUGUACACACCUGUAACAUCAGUGAUGAAAACAGAAACACAAUUAUUUGAAGGUAACACAAAAAUAUCCUCCCUGAAAAGGGGUUAAAAUGUAAUAAUCAUAGAUUCCCACAAGGGGGCAGAUUUUAGUCAAACAUAUUAAACCGUAUUUAUAGUAUUAAAACACUGUUUAAACGUCUCAAAAGCCAAGUGAAAGGACCACGAUGAGUUGAGGAAAUACGUUUCUAUUCAUCUUUUUACUUUAUAAAAUCUUGGUUUUGUUACUAAAACAGUUUAAUAAAAACUGGGAGCAUGGUGGAUGCUUUUUCUUUUGACUAUAAAACAUUUUUCCACUUUCUUUAAAAGAAAAAAAAACGUUUGUCAAAUAUCAACCCUUUCUAACUCUGCAAUAAAAGUGUUCGAGUCAGGCUGCUGAAACAAA